ACGUCGAGCCUUACUGCGCAUGCGUUUAAAAUGGUGGCACUACCUCCAACUACUCGGGAAGUUGGGACAUUAUCGCCAGACUUUGAUUAAGAAAAAUGGGUUGUUGACUCUGGGACUUGUAAAACCUUUACACAGAGAGUAUAUUAUACAACAGCGGAAGCAACAUCAUGACAGCUAACGAGGAUCAAGAGAUGGAGCUGGAGGCUCUUCGCUCCAUCUAUGAGGGGGAUGAGUGUUUCAAGGAGACCAGUUCAGUUUCCUUUCAGUUUAGGAUAGGAGAGCUUGAAGACAAAAAGGCGUUCAUCCUGGACCUCACGUGGCCUGAGAUGUACCCUGAGACGGCCCCGCAAAUCUCGCUGGAUUCCUUUUUCAACAACAGAAUCUCCGCAGAGACAAAGCAGCUGAUCCUGUCAAAGCUUGAGGAGCAAGUGGAGGCCAACCUGGGCACCGCCAUGAUGUAUACACUGUUUGAGUGGGCCAAGGAGAACCAGGAGUCCCUCAUGGAGAACCACAAGCCUGUAGUCACCGCUGUGACAUCCAGCAGCGACGCGACGUCUGCCACCUCAACAGCUAAGAAGAGGGAGAAGAAAGAGCAGCUGACUAAAUCUCAGAAGAGGAAGAUCAUCAGCAAAACAGAUAACAAAGGCGAAUUACCAAGAGGUUGGAACUGGAUUGAUGUUAUCAAAGUAGGUGACUUUUACCUUCUCUUUUAAGUUUUAAGCCUACAGUGAUGUUAAUCGUGAACCUUUUUGAUUAUUUUGUCUUUCUCGCCUUCGUCACCUCUGCGGAAUGAUCCUCCAGCAUCUGAGCAGAACGGGAGGAAAAGAUGACGAAUAGGCCUGAGAGCAGCCGUCUGGUGCUGCUUCAUACAAGGAAGCUUAGUGAAGACUGAACUCAGAGCAGCCUGUUGAUGCUGCUGCUCCUGCAAAACGACCUUCCCAUCCUUCAUCUGCAACAUGUAACACUCAACAUGGUUGCCGUCCCCCUGAGAAGCAGAGCAGGCUGUGUCAAGGUGGACUUCAGGACUCUUUCUCACACACACACACACACACAUACAGUUCCAGCCACACUUAAUGUGUUUGUGGGAUGCAGCCAGGUGCAGAGGAACACAUUGUCUGCUUUUGUUGCUCACACAGCGCUCAGAUAUUCUUCUCACUCAUCCAUCAGUCUGAGAUGAGGCCCCGCGGUCAGCCAUGUCCACUGAAGCACCUGUUGGAUUGUGGUUUAAACGGAUGUGUCAAAGUGCAGAGAAAUUGUUAACGGCAGGUAAAAUGUUUUUGAACAAAUGUUUUCUUUCCUGAUUCAAAUUUUAGUUGGAAAAUGUAAUUUAUAUACGUAUGGAUAUAUAUACAUAUAAAUAUACAAAUCAAAACCGUA